AUGCCGUCAAGAACGGUGGCCUCCUCUUCCACCAAUUCGCAUAAAUAUUCGAAGGCAAAGAAACACACUCAACAUCAUGUGGAUGAAUUCUCUCUGGAAUUUCCUCUCGAUGAUUCCUACGUUGACGCGUUCGAGAAAGCUCUCAAUGCCGAUCCAGACGACGAUUCAACAGAACAUAUUGCCGCCGCUACGGAUUUUAUGCCAAUUAGACAAAAGAUUAAAAAGAAAAGGCAAAAGGUUCCCAGUGGGUUUGAAGGAAUUUCCUAUCACAUUGUGAGGUUUCCUAUGAUGUUGAUCAUUUUUAUAAUUAUUGCAUUUGAACUUUUACUUUACUUUUUGGUGCGUCAAAUUGUGAAUCUGCGUGGCGAAAGAUAUCUUCUUAGAGAGAAACUUCGACGAACAACAACGUAUGAAGAAUGGGUGGUUGCCGCAAAUGAACUCGACGAACACUUUAACUACAAUGAGUGGAAAAACGAGAUUCCAUUUGGAUAUUAUGAUUUUAACCUUUUACAAAAGGUCAAUCGAGAUCUUAAAAAUUUAAUGAAAGGUCCGAAUGAAAAUGCAUUGCUUUUGAAAAACGCCGUUCAAAAUUGUGUGAAAAACAAUUUUGCUGGUGUAGAAAAUGUUAGAUUAUAUUCUCAGACCUAUUACGGAACAAAAAAACUAGUGGAAAACUAUUACAAUGAAGUAACCGAUGCUUUGGAUUUCCUUCGAACAACAAACUCAUUAUCGCUGGAGGAUAAGAAAAAAAUUUUCAGGAAUAUGCACAAAAACUACGGUCGAACUGCACUUUGUUUGAGUGGUGGUGCAUGCUUUGGUUAUUAUCAUCUCGGAAUAGUUAAAGCUCUGUUCGAUGCUGACGUCUUGCCAACAGUAAUCACCGGUACCAGCGCUGGUGCUUUGAUUGCUGCGCUAAUUGGUGUGAGGAAGGAUGAUGAAUUAUCACAAGUUUUGAAUCCCAAACUUAGUUCGCGCCUCACUGCGUGUUCUGAAACGUUUACCGAUUGG